AUGACAGACCUCAUGGAAGAGUAUCCCUCUUCUGGCAUCCCGUCCUCGGGGGAGGAGGAGGAAGAGCUACAAGUGGAGUCUCUGAUCCAAGGGCGCGCGAAACGAAGCACAGCAGGAUUACACAUGUCUGCACUCAUUGAUGCUGCCGCUGACGAUGAUUUGACGCUACUUUUUGAGGAAGUGGAAGACGAUAAUGAGUUUGCAAUGGAUGCAGAGGCCGCGGAGGAAGACGAUAUGGGGCUCGACUCGUCCUCGGACGACGACGAUGACCAGGGACCGAACGCGCAGAAUGACUACGAAGGGGAGAUGGAGCUACAAAAGGAAGAACGCAAGAAACGCCGAGCACAGAACGAUCUCCGAUUUCAAACACUGCGUAAACGAGUCAAAAUCGACCCAACCGCUGUGUCCUCGAUACCCGUUCCACCCCGCCCGAAGAAGAAAUCGGAGCGCAUCUCGUGGCUCCCGACGGUGGAGGAUGGACCGACACGAUCGUCCUCUCGCCGACAAACGAUGGUCAACAAGGAGCUGACCCACGCGCGUCUCAAGGAUAGCCAGGAAAAGCGCAUCCGGAUUAUCGCUACGAUGAAGGAGGCCGAGAAGCGGAAAGCCCAUCUGAAGCCCAAGGAGAUGACCCAAGAGGACCAUCUUGCCGAAGCUGCAAGGAUCGAACGAACAAACAGCAAGAGCUUGAAUCGAUGGGAGCAGACCGAGAAGCGGAAAGCCGAAGAACGACGGGCCAAGAUCGAGGCGCUGCAGAAUCGUCGUCUCGAAGGGCCUGUUAUCUCUUACUGGAGCGGGUUGGCUACCUUUGUGAACGGCCGCUUGACCCGAGUCGGCAAAGUGGAUGUCAAAAUGAAACCGGAAAAGGAGGAGGUCCGUAAGAAAAAGAAAGAGAAGGAUGAGAAGCCUGCAUCGGAGGUGCAGGCUGCGCAGAGCACUACUCCUGCCCCAUCACAACCACCGACCGCAUCAGUACCAUCGGGAGGAGAUUCUGCUCCGGCACCUAGCCAGCCUAGCCAGCCCAGCACUAAUCUUCCAUCUGAUCCGCAGCCAUUGCAAGAGACAUCCAAUUCUGAGCCCCCUGCCAGUCUUCCCACACCUGAUAUCACAGAGUCCAACAAAGCAGACGCCAGCUCGGAUGACAAGCCAAUCGAUGAAUCUAUGGAGCAGCAGUCUGCAACAGAGCCAGCGGUCACGAAAGAGGGCAUUCAAGUCCCAUCUGAACAGCAACCCGUGCGUGAGACCGCUGUCGAUAGUGAGGUGGCCAAGCCUAUCGAGCCAGAGGGUUCGAAUUUGUCCACCGAUUCCACUGAAAAACAAUCCGAGCCUGUAGUAGAGGCGGUAAUUCCCCGGCGUCCCUCUGCCCCUACACCAGGUGAUGCAACAGAAUCAGCGUCGGCAGAGCAAACAGCAAUUGAGAUGCCAGAUACCGAACCGGAUUUGAUGGACAUAGAUCCUAAGCCAGAAAUCACUGUCGGCACCCCCAAGGCGGAAGAGUCACAGCUAUCUCCAACAGAUGAUCGAUCAAACAAAGCAGCUCUGAACGGUACAGACGUACAUACAGGUCCCGGAGAGGCCCCUCAGACCACCUUGGCACCAAGCAUCACUGAAAUGCCGUCCAAACAAGUUUCUUCCGAAUCUGCACCUGCAGCUGCAACUGCAACCACCACGCCACCGGACGCUCAGAACCCUCAGACCCCUCAAGCCCCCUCCACCAAUGCGGCACUGCUGCAAGCCACGCCGCCCAAUCUAUCUGGAGUGCCAACUCAUGGCCAACAAAUAGACAAUAAUGUUCCUCAACCACUGAUCGAAACACCUGGCGCGGCUGCCGCGGCGGCCGAGCCCGCUGCGUCCGAGAUCCCACCACUGCCACUAGUGACCGAGCAUAUGGGCCGCAACCUGACGAUUCUCGAGAACUUUGAUGAUCGGACCGCGCACAGCAAGAAGUUUAGCAUGUACUUCAAUGCGAAAAAGCCGCCGCGCCUGACCAAAAUCUCGUCAUCUCUAUGUGUCAUCACCUCGCUCCCAUCUCGCUAUCGCGACCCCGAGACCUCCCUCCCUUACGCCAACUCUUAUGCAUACGGUCAAAUCCGGCGCAUGUUAUCGGAGGGUUACGUCUGGAGCUCGAUGCUGGGAUGCUUCGUGGGACCUGCAGGGUCUGCAGCCCGGGGUGUACCCGACCGAUUCCUCGGCAACAAGACUGGCUCUGCCGGCGAGGGCGAGCAAAAUGAGACGUCUGGCACGGUCAGCGCGAAUGCCAAUCCGACCAGUACUGAAGUUAAAGGCGAGGCCAAGACUACAGCUGAGCCGAUGGAAGUUGACAAGUGA